AUGUUUGGAUCGUUGCUACGGUGUUCUAGCUCCAAGCGAAUGGCUGGUAUGGCAGUAGUGACAAUGGCUUCACAGAGUUUGCCGUACAGAACGACGCAUGCAGAAGCUUCGGAAGAGACGAAUGACGACAAUGACGUUCCACACUUCAGACUGGAACGGAACAAAGAUAAAACUUUGUUUCAUAACCAGUGUUUGGAACGGCAAAUGUACAAACCAAAACUUCCUUAUCCGGCUUGGGAUUACAACUGGGAUGGAAAGGCAGUUGCCGGCGCAACGGACUUUGAAGGCCAUCGCUCUGGCAAAGCAUGCAAGCAAAAGGGCAAGACCCGACACAUCAUUUUGGUAAGACACGGACAGUAUGAAGAGACCUUUCCUGAAGACGAAAACCGCAAGCUGACUGCUUUGGGGAGAAGACAAGCUACCAAAACUGGAAAGCGCUUAGCAACCUGGGCCAAGGGAACUGAAACUUUUGAAAAUCCCUACUUCAAUGGACCUUGUCCCAUCGUCACCAAAAUUCGAGUUAGUAACAUGACCCGGGCCAAAGAAACAGCAGAGCUCAUUGCAAAAGAAAUGCCAAGUACAAUAGUAAUGGACGAGCCAGAUUCCCUCCUCAACGAGGCACUACCGUCGCCCAUGAUCCCCAUUCGCCCCGACAUUACGGGUGCCGAAGAGGAGAUUGAUGCCAAUCAUGACCGGAUUGAAGAAGCCUUUCAAAAGUAUAUUCAUCGAACGGAUGCUACAGCGGAGGAUGAUGACGAUGGAGAUGAGUUUGAAAUCAUUGUAUGCCAUGGAAAUGUCAUUCGAUACUUCUUCUGCCGAGCUUUGCAACUUCCACCUGAAGCUUGGCUGCGCAUGUCCAUCUUCAACUGCAGUUUGACCUACCUGAUGGUGCGAUCUUCAGGGGUUGUAUCAGCACGUAUGUUGGGAGACAUCGGCCACUUGGAUUACGAAGAAUCUACGUUUUCCGGAAAUCAUGGCCUGAAGUGGUAG